AUGGCGUCGAAACUCUCCCGCCACUAUUUCGCCAACACCUUUUUUAAUUCCUUCCUUAUAACUUUAUUCCUUCCUUCCUUCCUUCUCCAUUUUCCCACCACUUCUCACACACUUUUCUUGUUAUUUCCUUAUCACAAUUAUUCCUUCUUCCCCCUUUCCUUCCCCACUUUCUUCUCCCUUCCUUUCUCUCGUCCUGUCACUAUUUCUCCUACAUCUUUUUUUCUCCCUUCCUUACAACUUUGUUCCUUCCUCUUUUUACUUUCAAGUUGCUUCAUUAUUUUCCGUUUCGUUCUUUCACUUCUUUCUCCUUUCUUCUCAUUUGAUUUCUUUUUCUUUCUCUUUCUUUUAUUUAUACUUCCCUUUUUCUUUCUUUUUCUUUCUUUCUUUCUUUCUUUUUGUCCAUUACUCUAUUCCCCUCACUUCUUCCUAUUCUACUCACUUCAUUAUUUUCUACCAUUACUUCCUUACUUUUCUCUCUCGUUUUUCUCUUUGCCUUUUCCUUUCUUUUUCUUCCUUUCUUAUUUUUCUUCGUUACUUUCUCCUUCGUCUUCUUUCUUUAUACAUGGUGCUACUUUCCUUCUUUCCUUUACUUUCUUCGAGGUCCCUUCGUUCCUUUCUCCCUCUCCUACCUUCUUAUUUGAUAGCUUACUAUUUCUUCCUUACUUUAUACAUUCCUUCUUUCUUUCUUUCUUUCUUUCUUUCUUCUAUUUUCCAUUAUUUUGUUGGUUAUUGUAUAAAAAACAUGUUUCGAUUAAAUGCCUUGUUUAUCUCAUCAUGUUGUCAAGUCCCUGGCUUAUUUAUGUAUAUUAG